CUGGUUGCCGCGAAGAACCACUGUUCUUCCCUGAUAUGGAGGGCGGGCAGAGUCUCGGAGGUAGUCGAUUCGUCGCUGUCACUUAGAGACUCGAACGAGGCAGUGAGAUGCAUCCAGAUUGGGCUGCUCUGCGUGGAGGAAACUGCAGCACAUCGACCAGAUAUGCAGGCUGUGGUUCUCAUGUUGAGCAGCGAAACAACGCCAAUUCCGUCUCCCAAACAACCUGCAUUUGUUAGCGUGAGAUCCGAGACAUGCUCUGCCUUUCGUGCUGCCAUAGCUGCGAAUGAAUCCAUUGCCGAUGGAAGCCUGUUGAUCUCCAAAGGUGGUAAAUUUGCUCUGGGGUUCUUUAGUCCGGGCCGUUCCAGGGGCAGGUAUCUUGGAAUUUGGUACCACGAGAUACCAAACCGCACUGUGGUGUGGGUUGCAAAUAGAGACAAUCCAAUCAGUGGGACUUCAGGAGUUCUUUCGCUUAACGGAUAUUGCAACCUUUUUCUGUAUAGUAACAGUAGCAGCAGGCUUCCAGCAUGGUCUGCUAAUGCUUUAGCGGGAUCAAAAGGUCCGUGCCUGGCUCAGUUACUUGAUUCAGGAAAUUUAGUGUUGAUGGAAGGUGGUACGAGUAAGAUGGCUACUGUGUGGCAGAGCUUUGACAAUCCUACAGACACUUUUCUACCUGGCAUGAAAGUUGGUCUGAAUCGGACAACAGGUGUAAGUCGCUUCUUGACAUCUUGGAGAUCAGUCGAUGACCCUGGCACAGGGCAGUUCUCAUACAAGCUUAACCCAAGCGGCUCGCCACAGUUGUUUCUGUACCGAGGUAUAAAUCCUUAUUGGCGUAACGUUCCAUUUCCAUGGAAAAGUUAUGAACUAUUUAAUGACUCUUUUGUUAAUAAUGAACUGGAACUAUCCUAUUCAUAUACUCCCGGGGAUGCUUCUGCUCUUAUGAGGGUGGUCAUUGAUCCUUUGGGUUUGUUGAAGUUCUUGGCAUGGGAUCACGGUGAUGGCGAAUGGAAGGUAUUUUUUUCAUCACCUAAGCAGAUGUGUGAUUUCUAUGGGAGCUGUGGUCCUAAUGGCAAAUGUUAUUCUAGCAUUGUUUUCCCAUAUGAAUGUGCUUGUCUACCUGGGUAUGAACCGAGGUACCCUCGAAACUGGAAAUUAAGAGAUGGAUCGAGUGGCUGUGUAAGAAAGCAAUUAGAAUCAUCUUCUAUAUGUGGGAGCGGAGAAGGGUUUGUGAGAGUUGAAAAAGUGAAGAUUCCUGAUACUUCAGCAGCAGCUUGGAUGAACUUGAGCGUGAGUAAAUUGAAUUGUGAAGCAGAAUGCAGAAAGAACUGUUCAUGCUCUGCAUAUGCUACCUAUGAUAAUGGGAAAGGGACUUCCUGUUGGACAUGGCAUGGGGAGCUGAUGGAUACGGUGAACUUGCCAGUCGAUGCUUAUGAUCUAUAUGUUCGUGUUGAUGCUCAUGAAUUAGUGAAGAACAGACGGAUCAGAGAUUUAUUUCAUUACAGUGAUGGUUCAACUUACUCGGAAGAUUCUUUGGCCCCAAGAGAUUUCAAGCGAAGUACUAUCUACCCCGAGUUACCAUUUUUUAGCCUCAGCACAAUACAUGAAGCCACUGACAAUUUUUCUCCGGCAAACAAACUUGGACAUGGGGGUUCUAGCUUAGUCUACAAGGUAAAGCUUCUUUGCAACAACGUCUGGAAGCUUGAUUAUGGCUGCUCUCAUUUAAUUCUCCUCUUGACAUUUCAGGGGAAACUAUCAAAUGGACAAGAGGUUGCUGUCAAACGAUUGUCCAAGAAUUCAAGGCAGGGCUUAGAACAAUUUAAGAAUGAGGUACUAUUAAUUGCAAAGCUCCAACACAGGAACCUUGUGAAGCUUUAUGGUUGCUGCAUUGAGGAAGAUGAACAGAUGUUAGUUUAUGAAUACUUGCCGUAUAACAGUUUCGAUUCGCUUCUUUUCGUUGAUCAGAACAAAAGAUCAAUCUUGGACUGGAGGAAACGGUUUGAGAUCAUAACCGGUACUGCACGUGGGAUCUUGUAUCUUCAUCAGGAUUCAAGGUUCAGAAUAAUUCAUCGAGAUUUAAAACCGAGCAAUAUCCUCCUUGAUGCUGAGUUGAAUCCCAAAAUUUCUGAUUUUGGGAUGGCUAGAAUGUUGGACAAGGAUCAGGUUGAAGGGAAGGAAAGUAGAAUUUGUGGAACUUAUGGAUACAUGUCACCCGAGUAUGCGGUGUUUGGAAGAUUUUCAGUGAAAUCCGAUGUCUUCAGCUUUGGCGUUAUCUUGCUGGAAACUGUAUCUGGGAAGAAGAGCAAUGGGUUCCCAGAGGAGGAUGCUUCUUCGAGCUUGAUCGCCCAUGUGUGGGAGUUAUGGAAGGCAGACAGAGCCUGGGAAGUAAUCGACGCAUCGCUCUCACUUAAAUGCUCGAAUGAGGCACUGAGAUGCAUCCAGAUCGGGUUGCUGUGUGUGGAAGAAAACGCAGCAGAUCGCCCCGAUAUGCUGGCUGUGGUUCUUAUGUUGAGCAGCAAAACAGCUCCUGUUCCCUUGCCUAAACAACCUGCAUUUGUUUGCGUGAGAUCCAAGUCUUAA